UCACCUGGGGAAAAGACCAGCUCCACCCAAAUGGUGGACAGGCGGCAGCUUUCACGUUACUUCGCAAGGUUCUAAAAUCCGGUGAAAUUUUAGCGAUAAUCAUCAUAAUCAUUUACCAUUCAUUUCAGGUUGGAAGUUGUCCUAAAAUAUUUCGCAAAAAAUGCUUUUUUUAAUGGGAAUAGUAAUUUUACUUCUGACUGUCUCACGAUAUCAUCGUCAACUGCAAGACAAAAACAUAUCCUGCGCAAUGGUUGAAAUCAAUCAUGAAAUUUUGUCUUUCUACCAGACCAAAACCGGAUAAAGUUCAGGUAAAUUUUAGAUUUUUGUAAAUUAUUGGUUUUCCUCGAAACUUUGAACUGAAAACGACCUAAAUUUCACACGGGGAUCACGGAUGUGUGGUUUGAUCUGAAUACAGCUCAACAUAACCACGGCAUAGCUUCUAGCUUUACCAAGGUAAAUCUCUCAGGGAAAUUUUUAAUUGGUUCGUAGGCCUAUUGUUCAUUGGUUCUGUAUACUACAUGGUAAAAACGCUAGCCGAUUAGUCGAUUACCUUUAAUUUAAGAGGGUCAUUGAACGUUCCGUAUUUUAUUUGCGGUUUGAUUUCCAAGGUUCACUCUUCUGUGAAUGUUAAUCAGUUUCAUGAAAUAACUUUUCCCUUGAUGAUCGGGAAAAACAGUGAUUACAACUAGGAAUUAGCAAGCAAGGACGCGGCUAUAGCGGUGCUGGGUUGCUUCCUCACCCCGCCCUUGCUUAACCUACUGCUGUAUUGCCAUCUUUACGACCUUGGAACUAGUCGUUCUAGAACGCUUUUCCAUGAACCAUGAUGCACCACCCAUGGGAUUUUCUCCACCUUCCUCUGAAAUUAGUACUGUAUAAAGUUAUUGCUAUGUAUUCCGUUUAGUGUCAUUCGUUGCUGUGAUGCACUGCUUGACGCGUUGUGUCCGUACGUCAGUCUCUGCGAAUCCCAAUAAUUCUCCUGAAUUGGUUGAAAACUUAUUCGCAAUUUUAAAAAUUAAAACAUAUAAGAUGCCUAAAGUGAAGACAGUCAUCUCACUUUCAUCACAGUGUAUUAACCGUAUUAAGAGCAGUUUAAUAAUUUACUAUUUUCCAAUUAACUCGAAACUUUUAAAAACAUGGAGGGGCAGGCCAUUGUCCAUCCAGCAAAGGACUGACACCGAGCCCGACAUCAAUCCUUUUCAAAGAAUACCCACGGUUCUUUCGGAGGCCAUCAUUCAGUCUCUUUGUAUUCGCAAGUAUUUGAAGGCCGUGAAACAGUACAACAUCACGUUUCUCAUUACAACCGAACUUCAAAAAUUAAACGCUCCUAGUUACCACUAUGAUUAUAAACAAUUUUUGAAUUUUUUCCCCAAACUUGAAAGACUGCAAGUAUUAGUCUUGUGUUAUUCAAAUAUUGGCAAUGCUGGUUUGAAACUUAUAGGGACUUGGUGCAAAAAUUUGAGGAUAUUGGAUGUAAAUUCAUGCAGUAAGUUGACGGACACUGGCAUUGAAUGGUUAGUUCUCAAACCAACCGAACUGGGUAAGACCCUUCAAGAAUUGUUGGUGAACUGCGCUACUGUAACCAAAAGAGGAAUAAAAAUGGCUCUACAGAAUUUUCCGGCUUUACAGGUUGUCGAAAAUGACAAUAUUUUUGAUGCCUUAUUAGAGGAAGUGGUUCUGUCAUCGUCGCUAGCUCAACCACACAUUUUAAAUACUUCUUUCGCUCGUCUAACAAUUCUCCCUGCUGGAGAAUAUAGAAACGGUCAACUGGAGUUGGUGAUGCAAUAUUGCCCUUUGCUUUUCGAUAUCGGUAUUAUUGUUAAGGAGGGAUUAACAGACACUGAUCUGUUGAGCUUAACGAAGAUGAAGAACUUACAGAUACUCAAAUUCAUGUUGCAUCCGUCCUCAACUGGACAAGAAAUAACCUUUGACAAGGGCCUUGCUCCAGUGCUAAAGGUAAUCGGGAGGUCGUUAAAAGUCCUAGACAUCUCGUACUUUGAAUUCGUUGACAUUUGGACCGUCGUCAGGUUUUGUCCCAAUUUAAUUUCCUUGACGUUCGACAAUCAAUGCCCAAGUUUAAGUGCCUUGUCUGAAAACGAAAUUAUUAAUAGAGAACGCAAUGAAAAAGGGCGGGUUAUUUUAGAAGAUCUUAAGGUUCUGCGAUGCGGCUUCAACCUUUCAAAUGACAUUCUGUUUGAUUUAUUAUCUUGUCCUUUACUAGAGAUGGUUGACAUUUCAUUUUGUGACGCGCUCACUGACGAUUUGUUACAAGAAGUCUUGGCAAUUGGCUUCUUAAAAAAUCUUAAUUUACUACAUUUAGAAUCCUGUCAUUUAGUGACAAAGCAGGGACUAGAUGCACUAGUGUUGAAUGACAAUCUUCUUGAACGAAUAAGUUUGUUUUUUUGUAGAAAAAUAACCCAUCAAAAUGUUCUUGAUUGGCACAGCAUCGCUCGUCAAAAAAAUUGGAAAUUACGUUUAGAUUAUGAGAAUUUGGAUUCUAAACCUAUUAGUUUAAUUUUUGCGUAAAUUUAGGCUUCUAAAAUAAUGCACAGCGCAUAUGCAGAGACGUAUUUAUAACGCACUUCCCUGAGAGAUUUACCUUGGUAAUGAUGGAAGGCUAUGCCAUGGUUAUGGGCCCCAAACUGUUUAUUGAGUUGUUCGUUUUCAUCGGUAGGGACUUUCUUUUUUCAACUUUAUCUAAAUACGCUCCGGAAGAGAAUAUUACUUAUCGGUAAUUAGUGCUGGAUUACAUACUGUGUAUACCAUUUUUUUUUUAAUACUGGAUUAUCACCAUAAUUUUCUUUAUCUCCCUGAAUGGCUGAAUACAUACAUUUUACACAAACUA